AACGUGAACGACAGUAUACGAGUAAUCGCUCUUGGUCGUUUUGUACUUCAGCUAAUUGACGAGUGUUCUCCAAACUGACACUGUUUGCAGAUGGACGCAAUUUUAAAUACUAAGAUGGAGGACUUGGAGGACUAUUAUGGAUUGCUGGGGUGUGAUGAAUUAUCGUCGGCUGAACAGAUUCUGGCUGAGUAUAAGCUAAGAGCCCUGGAGUGCCAUCCAGAUAAGCACCCUGAUAACCCCAAAGCAGUGGAAGACUUCCAGAAAUUACAAGAAGCCAAACACAUUUUGACCAAUGAAAACAGCAGGAAAAGUUAUGACUUUUGGAGACGCAGUAAAGUGACAGUACCUUUUCGUGACUGGCAAGCCCUCAGUGACUCGGUCAAAACUUCCAUGCAUUGGGCUGUUAGAACAAAGAAGGAACCGAUGCUGGAGGGAUCAAAGGACACAUUCCCAUGCAGCCGUCAGCAUGCAGUCAGGCAGACUGAGGAGGACUCUUCGGCUCAGUCACAGUGCCCUCUCACACCACACUCUCAUAGUGAGAAGUACUGCCAUCUGCAUUUCCGGUGGUCAGCUGAUACUCCAUCUGCCCUUUUGAAGAAAUUCAGAAAUUAUGAAAUAUGAUACACUGCCAAGAUUAAAAAUAUAUUAUUUUUCU